GGUGGAAUUUUUGUUUUUUUUUUUGGCAAGUCUCUAGUGGAAUUUCAAUAUUCGGUCAUCUAUUCUCCGAUUGACUUGGUUUCUUUUAUUUAUUUUUUGGUGUGUUUGGAAUUAUUUGGCUCUCUAUUUAGGGCGUUUGGUUGGUGAGAAACCUGAACAUGGUAGCUAGCUGAUUGGGAGAUUCAAGAGCGAAUAAAUUAGUUCGUGAAUUGGUGACUUGCAAUGAUGUUGGGGAGAAGAGAGACUUGCCCAAAAUGGCCAUUAACUGGACAAUACGGUUUUGCAAAUUUCUUUUCCGUAGAUUUGGUUCUCCUUCCCGGAUAUUCAAGAGAAGACUUGUACAUUAGUUUUAGGCUCUAGGAUCUACUUUGUGAAUAACGAUAGUUCUUGUAGAUAAUGGAAGCAAAGUGGGCUAAAGUAAUAGAUGAUGGCCAGAGAAUUGUUGUCAAUUUGAAUAGGAAAAGGGCAGCUCAGUGCACAGCAAAUAUAGUUGGAGCUAGCCAACCAGUGGUGUCACAAAGGUCCAGCUUAAACUCUUCUUUUAACAAGCUUGGUAAGCGUAAGAGAUCAGACCCAUGCAAAAUCAAUAAUGGAUCGUGCUUGAAGAGAUCUUUACUGAAGAACUAUAUGAAUUUCAGUAAAAGUGGCCUUCCUCAACGAUUUUUGUAUUAUCAGAAUGGUCAGUGGAUCGAUUAUCCUCAAGAAAUUUUGGAGUUGGUGAGGAGACAUUUUCAGUUGAAAAAUGCAGCAGUGGAAGUGGAGCUUAAUGGCUGCCAUUUAUUGCUAGAUAUUUUGUAUAUGAUUCAGUUUGAGUUGAAAACAGGUUUACAGAAACGCAUUGCUUGGAUUGAUGAAGCAGAUCGUUGCUUCUUUCCAGAAUUUCCAUCCUGUGUUAGUGAAAUGCAUGAAUGCUGCCAAUCUAAGUUAGAGAAUGAUCCAACUGUUGUGUUACCAGAGUCAAAUGGGACCUGUGAGAUAAAAUUGCAGCUUGAGAUAGGAAUAACUGGAGUGAAUAGCUCUACGUUGGAGGAAUGUGUUGAAGAGUCAAAUAUUCAUGCUAAGAAGACUAAACUUGAACUAAAAUCUUUUCGUAAGGAUCUGGAAAUUAGAGACAAUGACCAUCAAAUGUCAGAUGCCAAAAUGCGGGAGGCUAGUGGGGGAAAUCAACAGAUUGCUGAAAAUACAACCACUAAGUCUGAACUUAUGCAUGGAAUUCUGGAUUCUGAUACUGUGAAAAACAUGUUUUCUGUGAGCAUGGGUUCAUCCAUAAAUGCUAACAUAUUAGAGGUUAGGCGCUGCUCUAGUAAUUUGAUGCAAACUCGGUUUGAGCUCUUUCGAAAGCAGGUUGAGAUAACCAAGAAGAAUCGUGGCAAUCCAAAUCUCCAAUAUGGUUGGCUAGCUGCUACUAAAGAUGAUCUGUCUAGCAUCAUGACGUAUGGGCUUGGGCACGGUGGACCCAAAAUUGUGUCUUCAUGUGGCAUCGGAGUUCACCUUACACCACUAAACCAUGCUCAUAUGAGUGCAAGUUAUUGUGAUGAUGACGAAAAUGGGAUAAGAUACUUAGUGUUCUGUUGUGUCAUAUUGGGAAAUGUGGAGGUUGUCAGUCCUGGAUCUGUACAAUGUCAUCCCAGUACCAAAGACUUUGAUGGUGGAGUAGACGAUCUUCAAAGUCCACAUCAUUAUAUAGUUUGGAAUAUGAAUGUGAAUACCCAUAUUUUUCCAGAGUAUGUUGUCUGUUUCAAGAUGUCUCUCGGUGCUGAUGGUGCAGGAGCUCUUGUUGCUGAAGAUAGCAGAAUUGAUGUGUCAGGGGUUACUACUAGCAAAGGGCACCAGGGCCAGGUGCAGUUAUAUCGCUCUCCAGUCGAAUCAGAGAAAUCUAAGCCAUUUCUUGAAUUUGAGAAGAGAUGUCAGGAAAAGACUCUUAUCCUUGGUUCGAGCUCUUUGAAGACUCCAAAAUCAAAAUGGAUGCCUUUCCCCCUGUUGUUUGAAGUUAUCUCAAAAGAAGCAUCUCCUGAGGCUAUGAAGUUGGUGAACGUUCAUUAUGACCAAUUCAAGAGCAAGAAGAUUAGUCGGGAAGAUUUUAUUAAAAAGCUGAGAUCGAUAGUUGGGGAUACAUUGUUAAGGUCUACCGUAAUGGGUCUUCAUUGCAAGCAACCAUCCGAAUCUCCACGCACCUUGAAAGUGCCAAAGCAAGAGCAAGACUGUUGAGGCUAUUUGAUAACUUGAUGGUGGUCUGCUUUCUGAACUGUUAUUGGGGUUCGUCAUAUGCCUGGUAACUACUUAUUUGCUGCUUUUGACCCCUGGAAUGUGUCGACAUGAUGUUAUGAACACUAUAACAGUAAGUCUCUCCCUUUAAACUGGUUGGGGUUUAUGUGAAUUGUGAAUUGGUGCCGUUGUUUCAUCAAUUAAAUUGUCAACAUUUGGUCUUUUUUA